AUGGCUACCCCUAGCGUUCUCGUCUUUGUUGCUGAGUGUCGGGCUGUUGACUUGGAGGUUUGGGUCAAUAAUCUGCAGCUUUUCCUACAGUGCAAUAGGAAAGACGGUCUCUCACUGUUCGAUGUCACGUCUGGCGCCUCUACUGCCCCUGCUGCCGAUACUGACAGCACUGUUUGCUCAGAGUGGGCCACACGCGAUGCUGCUGCCCGUCUUGCUGUGCGUAGUCACUUGCCGUCCUCUGAGCGCGCGCACUUUAGUCAGUACAAGAGUGCUAAGACCUUGGACCACUUCCUCUCUGUUUGCCCCACCACUCUCACCGUUGCCCUCCUCGAGGAGCGCCUCCUGGCAGCUGAGAAGAGUAUAGUAGCUGUAGGAGCCUCUCGUGGUGACCCUCGUGCCCCCUUCUUUGAGGGGUGCUCCCCCUCCCCCCUUUUGCCCUCGGUUGCCUCUGCUGCUGCCGUCGACUUCGUUGGCACCGAGUUGGUCGGCGCUGCGUCUGCCCCUAGCGGGAGUCGCCACACCGGCAAGGGCAAGGGGGGCAAGGGCGCUGGAGGGGCUGGCGGGGGCGGUGGAGGUGGCGGUGGAGGCGGCGGCGGGAGUGGGGGUGGCGGUGGGAGUGGUGGCGGGGGUGGGGGCUUCGGUGGCAGCGGUGGAGGCGCAGGCGGCGGCGGAGGUGGCGGUGGGAGCAAAGGAGGAGGCGGUGGCGGCGGUGGCGGCGGCGGAGGUGGAGCUGGUCGGGGAGGCUCUCCCCAGCGGGGCGGCUUCGGUGGCGGUCAGCGCCAGCAGCAGCUGCGCACUCGUGAGACCCCGCCCCCACAGCAGCUUCGUCAGUGGUACGCUGCGCGUCAGCGAGGUGGGGGUGCUGGUCCUUGUGCCUACGUCCUGCGUACCGGCGACCGCACUCGUGAGCCGUGCGGUGGCCCGCACUCCACCCAGCGCUGCUUCGGCCGCUUGACGGACGCUUGGCGUCUCCAGUUCCCUGACGCCACUGAGAUCCCCCGCUGGGGCGAGCUGCUUAGGUCGGGGGUUGCUAUAUUUGAUCUUGAUUAUGAUGCUAUUCUUGCUGCCAUGUAUGUUGUGUCUACUAGUGAUGAGGGUGACUAUUACCUGUGUGUUCCGCCUGACCCGGGCAUUGAAGCUGCUGCUCUAGGUGCUGGUGACGCUACUGCUCUAGGUGCUAGUGCGUCUGCUAUCCCAAGUGCUGGUGAGUCUGCUCUCUCAGGUACCACGUCGGCUCAGGCCUUACACACCUUCACCCUUGACUCGGGUGCUUCCCGCUCCUUCUUUCAAGACCGCACCCCACUUACGCCGCUUAGUCGGCCGGUUGCGGUCUCCCUGACGGAUCCCUCUGGCGGUCCUGUCCUUGCCCACUUCUCCACUGUCUUACCGUGUCCGGCGGCCCCCUCUGGCACCUUGUCAGGUCUCUACCUCCCCUCAUUCUCUACAAACUUGGUAGCUGGGUCGGGUCAGGUGUUUGCUGCAGCGUCCAGGUCUGGUCCUCAGUCUACCCCCUGCUCGUGUCGUCUCCUGUCCCACCAGGCUCUCCUCUGGCACCACCGCCUUGGUCACCCCUCCCUGCCUCGUCUCCGAGGCAUGGCCUCCCAUUACCUUGUCUCUGGUCUCCCCCGGUCCCUCCCUCCCCUCCCUCCGGGGCCUGCCCCUACCUGCGUUCCCUGCGUCGAGGGGCGGCAGCGCGCCGCUACUCACUCUGAGAUUCCUCCGACAGAGGCUCUACUGGAGACUCUUCACAUGGACGUGUGGGGCCCCGCCCGCGUCCGUGGCCAGGGUCACGAGCGUUACUUUCUGUUGGUGGUUGACGACUACUCGCGUUACACCACAGUCUUCCCCUUGCGUAGCAAGAGUGACGUGACUGAGGUGCUGAUCGACUGGAUCCGCGCAGCUCGUCUCCUGCUCAGAGAGAGUUUCGGCUCGAGCUUUCCUGUUCUGCGUCUGCACUCUGACAGAGGCGGAGAGUUUUCCUCUGGCCUUCUGGGAGCCUUCUAUCGUGCACAGGGCAUCCGCCAGACGUUCACGCUUCGGACCUCUCCACACCAAAAUAGGAUUGCUAAGCACCGCAUUGGCAUGGUCAUGGACGUCGCUCGUACGUCCAUGAUCCAUGCGGCUGCUCCCCAUUUUCUGUGGCCAUUUGCGGUUCGAUACGCGGCGAAUCAGAUCAACCUUCAGCCUCGGGUCUCCCUGCCAGAAACCUCCCCCACCUUGCGGUGGACGGGGAAGGUUGGCGAUGCGUCUGUGUUUCGUGUCUGGGGAUCUCAGGCGUUUGUCCGCGACUUGUCUGCGGACAAGUUGUCCCCCCGUGCUGUUCCCGGCGUCUUCCUUGGCUUCCCCCCUGACGCGCCUGGUUGGCAGUUUUACCACCCCACCUCGCGCCGUGUUCUGUCCUCCCAGGACGUCACCUUUGACGAGUCGGUUCGUUACUACCGUCUCUUCCCCUACCGCACUGCGCCCCUCUUCCCGCCGCCGCUCUUCCUCGCGCUACAUGUUGACUCUGGUGCUGCUAGGGGCGCUGAGCCUGCGGGUGCAGGGUCUGGGGGUGCUGAGUCUUGGGGUGCUGAGUGUGGGGGUGCUGAGCCUGGGGGUGCUGCGUCUGGGGGUGCUGAGCCUGGGGGUGCGGAGCCUGGGGAUGCGGAGCGUGCGGGUGCUCGGUCUGCUCGUGUGGCCUCUGGCGGUGCUCGGUCUGGGGGUCCUUCGGGUGCUUCGUCUCGGCCGGAGCUACCCUCUCCACGGGAGCUGCGUGAAUGGUUUGCCCGGCGCUGGAGCCGUGCUGCUGGAGUUGGAGGUGCUGUUGCUGAGGGUGUUGGUGCCACGGGUGCCGGCGGUGCUCGUACUGGAGGUACUGCAGCUACAGGGCCUGGGGGUGCUCCUUGUGCUAGAGCUCCUGGUGGUGCUGGAGCUGGCGGUGCUUCUGGAGCAGGUGGUGCUGGAGGUGCUCGAGCUAGGGCUGUUGAGUCUUCAGGUGGUCCGCCUGGAGCUGGAGGUGCUAGGGGUGUUGGCGCUGGAGGUGCUGCUCGCACUGGUGCUUCUAAGGGUGCUGGAGUUGGCGGUGCUGCGGCUGGGGGUGCUACUGGUGCUGGUGCUGCAGCUAGGGGUGCUGGUGCUGUACCUGCUAGUUCUGGAGGCGCUGCGCGGUCGCGGCCGUACUUCGUUCCGCUCCUUGAGCAGGUUCUUCGUCUCCCGCCUUCUGCUAGUCUUGCUCCUUCUUUAAAGUGUCCGCCGCUUGUCCAGUCCGAGUCACAGUUACAGCCCGCCUCCCCACUGCCUGCUCCUUCUCCCUAUACUGGUCGUACUGGAGGUCUUGCUGAGCGUCGUGAGCCUGCGUCUCGUCCUGCGUUGCCUGUUUGUACUGCUCGCACUAGUCGUCGUGUUCCGCGUCCGCGUCCUCCUGCGGUCCCGGGCACACACCAGAUGGCACUGCGUCCUUCCACUGCUCCUCUGCGUGUCCCUCCUACUGUCAUGCGUCUUCUGGCUACUGUUGACACUGACCCUUCCUUUGCGUCCACUGCUGCGUAUGCCCUAGUUGCUGAGCUUGUUGACUUCGCUGCUCGCUGUCGUCUCGACUACGCCACUUGUCUCAUGGCUGAGUCUGACUCUGUCUGUCCUCCGUUUGUCGGGGACAUCCCGACUCAUCGAUCGUACGCUGAGGCGAUCGAGGGUCCCUACUCCUCACACUGGCAGUCAGCCAUGGACGCAGAGAUGGCAUCAUGGAAGUCCACAGGCACCUACGUGGACAAGGUUCCCCCUCCUGGGGCGAACAUCGUCAGUGGCAUUCACCAAGACGGAGUUGACUUCUUCCAGACCUUCUCCCCCACCCCAAAGAUGACUACUCUUCGGGUGCUGCUGCACGUUGCCGCUCAGCGAAACUACGAGCUUCACUCUCUUGACUUCAGCACAGCUUUCUUGCAGGGCAGCAUGCACGAGGAGAUCUGGCUGCGCCUUCCACCUGGCUUCACUGGGUCGUUCCCUCCUAGUACCCAGUGGAGCCUCCGACGGCCAGUCUACGGUCCCCGAGAGGCGCCACAUGAGUGGCACGACACACUGAGGACGACUCUUGCGGCUCUUGGGUUUGCCCCGUCGACUGCUGACCCGUCGCUGUUUCUGCGCACCGACACUUCCCUGCUGCCAUUGUACAUCCUCGUGUACGUCGACGACUUGGUCUUUGCCACUGCUGACACUGAGGCGCUAGCCCUGGUGAAGUCGGAGCUGCAGAAGAGACACACGUGCACAGACCUGGGUGAGCUGCGCAACUACCUUGGCUUGCAGAUCACCCAGGACAAAGCACGCCGCACCAUCACACUGACUCAGUCACACAUGGUGCAGCAGGUCCUUCAGCGCUUUGGCUUCACCUGGUCCUCAGCACAAGCGACACGUCUGGCUACAAGUCACUCGCUCUCAGCUCCACCUUCAAACGAGUCUGUAGAGCCGAGUGGUCCUUACCCAGAGCUAGUGGGCUGCCUCAUGUGCCUGAUGAUCUGCACUCGUCCUGACCUUGCGUACCCUCUUCGCCUUCUGGCUCGCUACAUGACUCUUGGUUGGCACCGAAAGGUGCACAUGGAUGCUCCUAAGAGGGUACUAUGCUACUUCUGCAGUACAUCGGGCAUGGGUCUCAUGCUUGGAGGACGGGGUGAGGUUGUCCUCACUGGUCACUCGGACGCCUCUUCAGUUUACGACCAGGCUACGCAACGGUCAUCACAGAGUUACACCUUCAGCCUUGGCUCUGGUUCAGUUUCUUGA